CGCUGUAUUCCGUUACCAAGGCAUUCUUAAGGCAAACACUGGUAGCUAGAAAGCUAAGCUAACAGAUCUAGAAGAUAAUCUUUUCUUCUUGUAUAACUUUUGUUUAGCUUGUUUCCAAAACAAAUACACAGAAAAACAACAACUGCAUUUUCUAUCCCGCCUGGCUUCACUUUGAUUUCAUCGUAGCUCAAAUUCGGAUCAAAAUUUCCCCAUCGUUUAGAUUAGUAUUGACGUUAGCAUUAGCUGCAGCCACCAUGGCUGACUUGGGAUUUAAUGAGCACCAUCAGAAUGAAAUGAUCAAUUACAUGAGGUUUGCUCGUUCUAAGAGGGUCCUGAGGCUGAAGACUAUCGACUCUUGUUUCGAGGACCUCAAAGAAAGCAGGCUGGUAGAAGAAACCUUCACAGUGGACGAGGUGAAGGAGAUGCUGGACGGGCUGCAGGUGGUGGUGCGCGGGGAGGUGGAGGUGGAGCUCAUCAACUCCGCUCAUACCAACGUGCUGCUGCUGAGGCAGCUCUUCUCACAGGCUGAGAAGUUUUACCUUCGACUCCAGACUGACAUUUCUGAGCUGGAAAAUAGGGAGAUGUUAGAACAAGUGGCUGAAUUUGAGAAGACUGACUUUAAAACUGCUAGUAAGUUAAACCAGGAAAGCAGCAAACCCAAGCUGGCUCCACUGAAUGAGGCUGGGGUGUCGGAACUACUCAACAAGGAGAUAGCAAGACUACAGGAGGAGAACGACAAACUGAAAAGCAGACUCCGGGCUUUAGAAUCUCAGGCCAUGAGUGCGCUAGACGAGAAAACCAAGGCAGAGAGAGCUCUGAAAGACCUUCAGAAGAUGCAAGGAGAGCAGCAGGUGGCUGCUCAAUCCAAGGAAAUCAGCAGUCUGGAAGACACGGUGGCCGCUCUGAAAGACGACUACGAAAGGUCCCUUAGUGCUAACGCUGCUUCCCAGAAGGACUUGCAGGAGAACCUGAUCUCUUCUAAACAUGAGCUUCUCCGAGUCCAGGAGCAGCUGGCGUUAGCAGAGAAGGAACUGGAGAAGAAGUUCCAGCAAACCGCAGCCUACCGCAACAUGAAAGAGAUUCUCACCAAGAAGAACGAACAAAUCAAAGAAAUUAGAAAACGAUUGCAAAGAUAUGAGCCAAACGAAUGAAGGGAGAAAUAAAGAAGUCAAAGUGUGGUGACGACAGGAAACCAUUAGUUCCUCUGCAACACAAUGAGACAGAACACAGCUGUUGUUUAUUGACAUCUUCGGUUCAUGCCAGCGUUAGGGAAAAUCUGCCAGGCUGACACCAAAAAGAAAUGACCACAGCUGUUUUUUUCCUCUCUAUCUUAUUUUGGAGCUUACUUACAGUGGCUAGCAGACCCCCCAUCGGUGCUACGAAAGCACAGAAGUGUCCCCGUUUGAAUUUGAAGAGGCCUUGUCCGCUCACUGAACUGUUCAGACGUCUUACUCCGCUCAUACAGCUGUAGGAAAACUCACUUUAUGUUUUAAUUUUAGCAGCUUCCCUUUUAAACCAAAUGUAUCUGGUACAAAUGACUAAUUAUCUUCUACAAAAGCUUCUUAACCCUUUAAAGUGAACCCUACUUGACCAACAUAAACACUAACUAGCACAUUUUCUGAGAUCAUGUCAAAAACAUUAUUACAUGUUUUUGUUCCUCCAUACGUGUUGUCCUCUUAAAUUCCCGAUGGAACAGAAAGUUUUUGAGUGGACACCUCUGUGGGUGGAGUGUCCGAACAUGUGUGCACAUUAUGUUCACGGAGAAAUGCUCUUGUAGAGUGAGAAACAUCCACCCAGAAUCUGAAUUUGUCCAAACUGUGCAGCCAACGGGGUAAUAAAAGACAUCACAAAAUA